AUGCUAGCCAGAUCACUACAAUACACUCAAAAGAGGCUUGCUUCUACGAGUACACUUUUGAAGACUCCUUUAUACGAAGCACAUGUCGAAUUGGGUGGAAAGAUGGUUCCCUACGCUGGGUUCGAAAUGCCUGUUUUGUAUGAAUCUCAAUCACACAUAGAUUCACACAAUUGGGUUAGAUCUAAAGCAGGUUUGUUUGAUGUCAGUCACAUGUUGCAACACAAUAUAAGAGGGCCUGAUGCACAGUCAUUUUUGGAGAAAGUUACACCCAUUGAUUUGAACUUGAUUCCUGAAAACAGUUCUAGCUUAUCAGUUUUGUUGAACAAAGACGGUGGAGUCAUCGACGACUGUAUAAUAACCAAACACGGAAAGGAUGAAUACUAUAUGGUGACCAACGCUGGCUGCAGGGAGAAGGAUGUCCAAUUUCUCAAGGAUGAAUUGAAAGCGUUCAAUAAUGUACAGCACAAUACAUUUGAAGGAACUCUAUUAGCUAUCCAGGGUCCCAAAGCACAAGAGCUUUUGCAAAAGUUCACAAACGAAGAUUUGAGCAAGAUUUAUUUUGGCCAGACAAAGUUUAUCAAAUUGUCACCAAUUUCAGCCACUGUGCAUCUUGCAAGAUCAGGCUAUACUGGGGAAGAUGGCUUUGAGUUGUCGAUUCCCUCAGCAACUUCAGAAGAAGCCACAGAGGCUUUGGCGUUUUUCAACACAUUGGUACACGAAUAUCCCGAUGUGGCUAAGCCGAUUGGCUUGGCAGCAAGGGACUCAUUGAGGUUGGAAGCCGGUAUGUGCUUAUAUGGACACGAGUUGACAGAAAAUAUUACGCCAGUGGAAGCUUCAUUGACAUGGUUGAUCCCAAAGACUCGUCGUGAAUUGAUUGACUCAAGUUUCAAUGGUGCUGCAAAAAUAUUGAGUCAAAUCAAGAACAAAUCAACUACCCACAGAAGAAUAGGGUUGACCUCGAAAGGGCCAUCUCCAAGGGAAGGAAAUAAAGUUUUCAGCGAGGAUGGUAAAUCGGAGAUUGGAUACAUCACAUCUGGUUCACCUUCCCCCACCAAUGGUGGCAACGUUGCCCAAGCAUAUAUCGAUAAGAAAUCCAAAAUAGGUGCACCAGUCAAGAUAGAAAUUAGAGGAAAGUUGAGGGACGGGGUGGUGACAAAGUUGCCGUUCGUUCCAAGUAGAUUGUAUAAACAGUAA